AUGACUCCGGGAGGCCAUGGGUCUCAUGUCCCCUCCCACCACCAUUCCUCCGACCUGCCCACCGAAGAUGCUUCGACGCUGCGGUCUCGCGAACAUGGCCAUCGCCGGUCCCACGAAGUAGACGUCGAGGCUCAAGCUGCCGACGCUCCCAUAUCCAGUCGGCGCGGGUCUGCAAGCCCGCAUGUUAGAAUUCAAGAGAACCCUGAACAUCAUGAGCAUCACCAUACUGGGAAUGAAGGCUCGACUCAUUUCCCACGUCUAGGCCGCAGUGAUACAGCCUUGUCAAAGGGCAGCGUGAAAUCGCUCCGCAGACGCGGUCGGGCAGAGACUGUGAUCUACGGUGCAGCUGAAAUGGGUAGGACGACCGGUUGGGCCCCAGGACAAGAGCCUGGGAUUGAUACAAGUGACCCUCCUCCGUACAGCCGGGAGAAUGCUGCGGGAAUUGAGUCGACACACUACGACCAGCUCUGCCAGAGAUGCGAGAUCACAGUGGUUGAUUAUGGCAACGAUGGCAUGUCAACCAUCGAUCUGGACAAUGACAACAUCGCAGAAUUUUUGCAAAAGCCGCCGGAGGACUGGUCAGAUGUGAGAUGGAUCAAUGUCAAUGGCCUCUCCUGGGAUGUCAUUAGAAUCCUGGGCAAUUUCAAAGGACUCCAUAGACUAGCAAUCGAAGAUUUGAUGCAUACCGAAAACCGAACCAAGGUCGACUGGUACAGCGAUCAUACGUACAUGGUGUUGCCCCUUCAAAAAUUAGUCCACUUGAAAGACUCCGAGUCUGACAAUGAGUCGGAUAGCAAUUCGGGAGGUCAAUCAGGGUCUGAUUCAGGAGAUGACGGGGAGUCUGCAUUCCGAACGCGGAUCAUCACCGAGCGUGAGAGACGAAAUCGCCGGCUGAAGAAGCGCGGUGCAAUCUUGUCUCUUUGGGACGAUUUCUUCCACCAGGAAAAGCCGAAGAAGACCAAGAAGCAGCAGGAAAAACAACAUUCACCAUCUUCCGGUCGGCUUCAGCCUUCAAAUAGUUUCAAGGGGUCCAAUAAAAUCGAAACACCAUGGGCACCCAAAAAGAUUCGCUCAAUGCAGCGCUACCACGCGGGUCCUAACCAAGAUCGCAUCGAGUACAUGGAGGCUCAUACUACUCUCGCUUCCAAGAAGAUCCUUGUUUCCAUGGAACAGGUUUCAAUAUUUCUCUGUGCUAACAAUACUGUCAUCUCAUUUUUCGAAGAUUCGGCUUACGAUGUGCAAGCGCCCAUAAUCCAUCGCCUACAGUCUGCAGGGACGAUCCUGCGUCAAUCUGCCGAUGCGUCGAUGCUGGUUCAGGCCAUUCUGGACGCCAUUAUCGAUCUAGCCAUCCCCGUCACCACGGCUUACCAAGAUUCAAUUGGAGAUCUGGAACUCGAUGUGCUGAACUCCCCAGAUAUUCACCAAUCUAGCACACUAUACAUCUUGACCUCGGAGAUUGCCCUCCUUCGCGGCGCGAUCGCUCCCAUUGUGCAGAUGAUCGGCGCUCUUAAGGAGCACAAGUCAGACGCUGAAGCUGCGGCCAUAGGACUGAGUCGUGUGGCAAGCCCAUCGGUAAGCGAACUGCAGGAUACCGCGCUCGGGGCCAGGCCACGCCCACAGGCAAACCCCCGCAAAUCCUCGGUCAUGGUCAGUGGUGUGCGUAUCUCGCCCUUGACAGUGACUUAUCUGGGUGAUGUCGAGGAUCACGCCCUUCUCAUCCAAGACGGCUACGACCAGAUGCGACGCUCUGCAGACAAUCUCGUGGAUCUAAUCUUCAACACGAUUUCUGCCUACCAGAACGACAGCAUGAAACAGCUCACCAUGGUCACCUGUCUUUUCCUCCCUCUCAGUUUCUUGACCGGUUAUUUUGGGAUGAAUUUUGAGCGGUUCAAUGGCGUACAGCAUCACAGUGACGCGUUCUUCUGGACCAUCGCACUCCCAGUCUCUGUUGUGGUCUUCUUGCUUUUGAUGCGUGAUGUCUGGGCUCGAAUGACCUACAAAUGGGCUAAUAGAGUGCUCAUCCGACGGAAGAGGAACCGGCGUCUGUCACCGAAAAAUCAAUGA